GACAAAUUAGAAGGCCUAGCUCAGGGAGAUGAGAGGAAACUGACACAGCCUCCCUCCCCUCUCACCGACCGAGGAGAGCCCCCUGACAGCAUCACCGACAUGCCCCGCAAGGCUGGUCGCACUUAGCCGGUGUGGCUGGUUCUCACUCAACGACGACACACAACCUUUCACAAGAUACUCGACGACCGCUUCUUAUUGUUAGCCCAAAGGUUGCAAAGGCUGGUGCGUGUCUAUGAACAUAAUCAGCCAUGGCAUCAGCGAAUGUUACACUGGAAAAUCAGCUGCACAGUGCACAAAAAAAUCUGCUCUUCCUCCAGCAAGACCACGCCAGCACGUUGAAGGGGCUGCACGCAGAGAUCCGCAGGUUACAACAGCAAUGCACAGACCUGACUUACGAGCUCACGGUGAGAAGCUCUGACCCCUCAGACAGCAGCGAGGUCCGAUGCAAAGAGCUGCAAAGGAGGUGUGAGGAGCUUGAGGCCCAGCUGAAGAAGAAGGAGGAGGAGAAUACGGAGCUGCUAAGGGACCUCGAGCAGAAGAAUGCCAUGAUCUCUGUUCUGGAGAACACCAUCAAGGAGCGGGAGAAGAAGUAUCUAGAGGAGCUCAAGAUGAAGAGCCACAAGCUGGCUGUGUUGUCUGGGGAGCUGGAGCAGAGAGCUAGCACUAUUGCAUACCUGACCUCCCAGCUUCAUGCCACAAAGAAAAAGCUCUUAGCCGGCAGCUCCUCCGAGGCCAGCCCGAAUGUCAGUCCAGUCACUUCAUACAAGCCCACUCCUCCCCCUGCCAAGGAUAGGCAGCCUGAAACCCCUCGACGUCGCAUGAAGAAGAGUCUAUCUCAGCCUCUUCACCCAGAGUUAACAGAAGUGUAUCGGCUCGGCCCUGAUGGUCGGCGGCUGGUUCUGCGGGAGACAGUGGAAGCCAUGCCUGACCCCACACCCUUCCUGCAGGCCGGGAGAGACUCUCCUGAACCGCAAGUAGUGCGAGAACGUCCUGCUGUUAUCCCUCCUAUUGCCUCUGAGCGCCCUCCCGGAGCUCCUCUGGGUGCUGCAUCCAGCCCUCGUCACAGUCCCGCUCGGGACCGCCAGUACAGGGCUCACGUGGGCGUGGCACACCGCAUUCCACACGGCACCCCUCCUCUGGCUCCACCGCAGGCCGAGCUGGAGACACUGGCGGUGGACCAGGUCAGUGAGGAGAAGGUGGUGCGGAAGCGCUCAGGGGCUGACAGGACAGUUUAACGCUGCAACGCUAACAUGCACAUAAACGCACACACAUCUACUGUAAACACACAACACUGCAAGAGCAGGACGGAGCCUGACCCACUGUGUAGCCUGCUUUUUACGCAACACUGCAAUAUGAAAAACAAAUGAUCAUCUGUUUAUGGUGUCCCAUUAAGACUUGUUUUUCUCAACAUACAUACAAGGGGACGACUACAAAGCAUGCCAAAAGUUUCUUAUUCACCACCCGAUGAGAUCUUGUAUUAUACACAGCUCCACUUUUUGCUUAGACUCUCACAUCAUUCUGUCUCAUGUGGUGCAAACAACAAACCCUCAGCCAAAUAUCUGCAUCAGUGCCUGCUCCAACCGUUCAAAUUCAAGCUGUGUAGUGUAGUCAUGGCUAAUAGUUAUCUUUAAUCAUUCUCUAUCUGCUCCAUCUUCAACAAUAAUCUGGACAUAUCAACAAACUAUAUAACAAGAUAUCUGCAGCUACAUAGGGUAGAACUGAUAUUAUUAAACUCAUACUCUCCAUGUCUUUUAUCAUGUCAUCAUAUCAGUAUAAUAACUGUAGGCUAUCGUUACUGUAGGUAUGAGCUGCAAAAUGUGCAAUUUAAAUGUGCUGGUGAAGGGUGAAGGAGCUGUAUCUCCACCUUUCUGUUUUUGACUGGCUAACGCAGCAGUGGUGCACAUGUAUAAAUGCAGUAUAAGACGAUGGUGAACAAAGCAUCUGUUUGUUUGUGUGUGUCUGUGAGAUUGAGUAGAGGGAGUGUGUUACAGAGCGAGACACUGAAGGCCUAUAAGAUCAUUAAGUUUGGGCUUAAUAUCUGUUGAUGUUAUUUGUGAUACAAGGGCAUUUUUAAGAACACUGCUGUAAUAGGAUUUUGUGAUAUCACUAACUGUACUUUAUAAAGGCUGCACAUUUGUAAGGAAUUCUUUUUUAAUUUAUUGUUUAACAGAGAACACAAAAGCACCUCAGAUAUUGACAGUAGCCACCAACAACAUGACCGUAGUUAUAACCACUUAAUAACCUGCUUUUCACAGUAAUAUCACUUGUCCUUGAAGUAUAUGUAUAAAUCAAUACAAUAAAGCAAUGCUUUUUGGUUUGGGUA